AUGCCGAAAAAAGGGUUCAACGUGGCUUGCUUCAUGUUCUUUCUUUGCCUGCUUGUCGUGGUGGGCGGUGUGACGGGAGACGUGAGCUAUUCUGUGCUGGAGGAGAUGAAACGAGGAUAUGUUAUCGGUAAUAUUGGAAAAGAUCUUGGACUGAAUGUGAAGGAUUUAUCAGCUAGGAAGGCUCGAAUUGACGCUGAAGGUAAUCGCAAACGUUUCUGCAACAUCAAUGUGGCUACUGGAGAUUUGACCGUCGCCGAAAUUAUGGAUAGAGAGACCCUCUGCAGGGAAAAACUCUCAUGUGUUUUGAAAUUUGAGCUAGUGUUAGAAAAUCCAUUGGAGCUUCACAAAAUAACUUUGCAUGUUCAAGAUAUCAACGACAAUUCACCGGUCUUCCCCAAAGAGAUGAUUAAAUUAGAGAUCAGCGAAUCUGCCGAUAAGGGAGCGCGGUUUCGAAUGAGCGAAGCACACGAUGCAGAUGUAGGACAAAACGCAGUGCAAAAUUAUAUGCUGGAAAGGAAUGGACAUUUUGUGUUAGCUGUCUCUUCAAACCAAGACGGGAGAAAGACUCUUGAAUUAGUUCUGGAUAAAGAGCUAGACCGUGAGCAACAACAGGAGCUAACUUUAAUUCUUACUGCCAUUGAUGGCGGCAUUCCACCCAGAUCAGGCAGUGUUCAGAUACACGUCACUGCACUGGAUGCGAAUGACAAUGCUCCAGUCUUUACCGAGCAGGUGUAUCGAGCUACUCUGCCUGAGAACUCACCAAUAGGUACAUUAGUGUUAAAAGUUAGUGCAACUGAUUUAGACGAAGGAAUAAAUGGCGAAGUGACUUACGAGUUCAGCCGAGCAUCUUCAAUAGCAAAAAACGCAUUUACGCUGGAUUCUAAUACUGGUGAAAUUGCAGUUAGUGGACCAAUAGAUUUUGAAGAAGAAUCUAUUUUUGAGAUGCGUGUUGAAGGGAAAGAUGGAUUUGGUGUGUCAUCAGACACAAAAGUCAUUAUUGAGCUUACAGAUGUUAAUGACAAUACACCAGAAAUAUUUCUGAAAUCACUCAGUAGCCACAUUCCAGAGAACGCACCGCCUGGUACAGAAAUCGGCAUCAUUAAUGUGCAAGAUAGAGAUUCUGAGAGUAACGGAGAGGUCCGCUGCUUCAUUGGGUCAAAUGUGCCAUUUAAACUUGUCCCCUCUAUCAAAAAAUAUUAUUCCCUUGUGACCACUCGCGAAUUAGACCGUGAGAUGCAGUCUGAUUAUAACAUCACCAUUACUGCUACUGAUGAAGGCACUCCGUCUCUUUCAUCCUCGAAAACAGUGCACUUAAGUGUAGCUGAUGUUAAUGAUAAUCCUCCUGUUUUCCAACAACAGUCAUACAGGGCGCAUAUUACAGAAAAUAACAAACCAGGUUCCCCUAUAUGCACCGUGUCUGCCACGGACCCAGACUGGAGACAGAAUGGCACAGUGAAUUACGCACUAUAUCCUGGUGAUGUAGACGGCACUCCAGUGUCCUCUCUGCUCUCUAUUAAUGGAGAUACAGGUGCCAUUCUCGCAGUGAGGUCAUUUGAUUACGAGAAGUUGAAAAGUUUCAAGGUCCAAGUCGUUGCCCGAGAUAACGGGUCCCCUCCGCUCAGUAACAAUGUUACUGUCAGCGUUAUGAUAGCUGAUGAGAACGAUAACACACCGCAGAUCCUUUACCCAGCUGCUGAGGGCAAUUCUCUCAUGACCGAGAUGGUGCCCAAAGCUGUGCAGGCGAACUCUCUGGUCUCCAAGGUGAUUGCAGUGGACGCAGACUCAGGGCAGAACGCGUGGCUUUCUUAUCACAUCGUUAAAGCUACUGAUCCAGGACUUUUCACCAUCGGCACCCACAGUGGAGAGAUCAGGACGCAGAGAGACAUUUCUGAAAACGAUGGCAUGAAACAGAACCUGAUUGUCUCCGUAAAGGAUAACGGACAGACACCUCUAUCAGCAACAUGCACCGUGUUGUUACUUAUUUCAGAUAAUUUAGCGGAGAUCCCUGAGCUGAAAGACUUGUCUCAAGACUCUGGAUCUAAACUAACCACUUAUUUGAUUAUUGCGCUGGUGUCUGUUUCUACCUUCUUUCUAACUUUCAUCAUCAUCAUUUUGGCUGUGAAGUUUUGCCACAGGAGAAAGCCCAGACUAUUGUUUGACGGUGCUGUAGCCAUUCCCAGCGCUUAUCUCCCUCCAAAUUACGCAGACGUGGAUGGCACUGGAACUUUGCGCAGCGUCCGUAGCGCUUAUAAUUACGACGCGUAUUUGACCACGGGAUCGCGCACCAGUGACUUUAAAUUUGUGAGAUCCUACAAUGAUGGUACCCUCCCUGCUGAUAUGACUUUAAGAAAGACAUCCUCCCAAGAUCCGUUCGGACCUUGUGAUGAAACAGAUUCCUCCCAGCACUUGUCCUUUGAGUUGAAUAUGUUCUAA